AUGGCCGAUGGCAUGGCUUUAUACAUGGUAUCACCCAACUGGGCGACGAACCUGCUGAUGGAGGAUCUCCUGCCCACUCGAUUUCUAUACGUAUCUCAAGACUCUGAAGUGAAGAUCGAUCCCACGACAGCUUUGAAACACACACUGAAGGCCUUCCCCAGCCAAGGCAGUCGACUUGAUGCAUCGGAUCAUGAGUAUUGCUAUGGGAAGUUCGACUUGGUCAUCGUCGGUGGUGGGACCGCGGGAUUGGCAGCAGCGACUGCUUUCACUGAUAUCGCCAGGCCGGACAGCAAUGCUCUCUUGUUGGAGGCAAACCCAACGGAAUUGGGAGGGAGGGCAACUCGUAGCGUUCCGAUUGAUAAUAUCAACACGGUGAACACCUGCGCUUGGUUCGCUACUUCAUCUCCCGAAGAUUCCGAACUUACUAACUUGUUGCACAAUAGCCUCAAGAUCAAAUGUGAUAAGAAAUUCCGUUGGGAGAACCUCACGGCUGGCGAUACCGGUUUCUUCUUUGGCACCUCUCCCGUUAGUCGGGAUAUGGUCGACGCUUGUUUCGCAUUCCAUCAAGCAUGCGUGGUCGGGUCCUUUCUACUCCUAUGCCAAGAUGACGCCUUCCUCCCCCUAUACGAUCGAUUCCCGUCUCAUUACAUGUCAAUGGUCCGGGAUGGUAUCGUGAAGAAAAUCAAUUCUUAA